AUGGAUCAAGCCGGGCAUGCUCUCCUGGCUGCGAACCUCAUAUAUGCUCGAGAAAAUACGACAAAUGGCACAACCACGACAGAUGCGGCGACCGAAGUGCGACCACCUAUAUAUAAAGCUAUUGGAAUUUCAUUGGCCGUGGCUUCAGGAGUAUUCAUCGGAAUAUCGUUUGUGUUGAAGAAGAUUGGAUUAUUGAAAGCCAAUGAGAAAUAUAAUGAAGAAGCAGGAGAGGGGUAUGCGUACCUCAAGAAUGCCUUGUGGUGGUCUGGUAUGACUCUCAUGAUUCUGGGAGAAAUUUGCAAUUUUGUGGCAUAUGCAUUUGUUGAUGCUAUUUUGGUGACUCCGCUGGGCGCACUCAGUGUCGUCAUUACCACGAUCUUAUCCGCCAUUUUCCUCAAGGAACGACUGAGUAUGGUUGGAAAGGUUGGAUGUUUUCUCUGUAUAGUUGGAUCUGUGGUUAUUGUUAUGAAUGCGCCAGCGGAAGCUUCGGCGGCGACAAUUCAAGAAAUGCAACAUUUUGUGAUUGCUCCGGGGUUUCUUAGUUACGCCGCUGUCAUCAUAAUCGGCUGCACCUUUCUUGGAUUUUGGGCUGGACCACGAUAUGGAAAGAAAUCCAUGCUUGUGUAUUUGUCAAUUUGUAGUUUGAUUGGAGGACUUAGUGUUGUUGCGACACAAGGUUUGGGAGCUGCAAUUGUUACUCAAAUUGGUGGUACAAAACAGUACAAUCAGUGGUUCUUGUACGUUUUAUUCGUCUUCGUCAUCUGCACACUUUUGACAGAGAUCAUUUAUUUGAACAAAGCACUUAAUAUUUACAAUGCGGCAUUGGUAACUCCUACAUACUAUGUUAUGUUUACGAGUUCUACCAUUGUCACUUCGGCCAUUUUAUUUAGAGGGUUCAAAGGAACUCCAACCUCUAUUAUUACGGUUGUCAUGGGAUUUUUCGUUAUUUGUUCUGGAGUCGUUCUUCUUCAAUUAUCGAAAUCAGCCAAAGAUGUUCCAGAUGCUGCCAUUUUCGCAGGUGACCUCGAUCAAAUGCGCAUUAUUGCCGAACAAGAACAACCAGAAACCGAACCAAAGGCAGAUGCCAUCAGAGGAACAGCAGCUAUUGUUAGAAAAUUCUCUUCAGCUCGACAAAAGAUGGAAAUGGAGGAAGCCAAGAGACUUCAUGAAGAGUCUCACUUGGAACCACUUGGCGAAGAUGAAAUUGUUGAAUGGGAUGGUCUUCGAAGACGUAGAACGACAAUUGGUUCGAACUAUAGCGCGAGUAUGAGAUCUCGUGCUAAUUCAUCUGUUCCUCCUUUACCCGAACACCAGCAACCAACUCAUAGGUCGACUCUUCCUAGAACACCUAUUGCUCACCCACCUCUUGGUAUGUCUCAUUUCCCGGAUCCAGAAGAAGAUCGCGACGAAGAAGAUCGUCCAGGUACCAGUCUUAGUUCUUCCAUCUUUGGUACUAUUCGCAAUCGUGUAGCUCGUGGCAAAUCUCUUUCUUCGGGCACAAAUACUGUUGUCAACCUACAAAGUCCUACUCACCCCGUCCCCUUGACCGAUAUUCGUACCUACAGAGGUGGUGAUGGCGAUAUUUACAAAAGCGAAAAUAGUGAUGAAGCUUACUACAUUCAUGAUACUCAUACUUUAGGUUUACCACCUGCUUUACGUGAUCAGAAGACUGAGUAUACUGGUUCGGGAGGUAAACAUAUCACAAUUCAAGAAGAUCUACACCGUCCACUGUCCAGAGCUAGUAAUCUAGUUCCGCCAACACCCCCACCUCACUCUGCUAAGAGACAAUUUUCAUUCCAGAAUGUCUUCAGAAAGGGUGGAGGACCACAACAUACUGAUGGACCUCCACAAGAAGUCCGUUCACCUGAUAGAAAACGCAUGGGUUCUCGACAUGGAAGUGAUGAGGUUGUCAAGGGUGCAACCGAAGAAGAAAGAUUGGGACUCGUCAAAGGCGAUACGAGAACACAAAGUCCAUCGGGUACUUCUAGUACUCCUUCUUUCGAUGAGUAUCUUGAAGAAUUAGAACCGUGGAGUUCGGAAACCAAGGGAUUUAGAAGAAAUCGUUCUCCUCCCAGAAGAGAUCCUGCGUUGGGUGAAAAGGGUUCGUUUCUCUAG